UCCGAGCGCGGCGGCGGGUCCCUGCUGCGUGACGGCCGGCCGGAUGCGAUCGGAAGAGAAAGGCUCGCUCGGAUUCGGUUUCUUUGAACGACUCCCGCCGUGUUUCGCCGCGGGGGGACCGCGGACCGGACGGGGGCGUCGCGCGAGGUGAGGGUGCCCGUGGCGGACGUGGCGCCGGCGCGCGUCGUGCGGAGCCGCUCGGAGACCACCAUGGGGGUCCUGGGCUGGACCGCGCUCCUGUGGGCCGUGAUGGCGGCGCCGCUGGGGGCCCACGACAACGACACGGAGCCCGUCGUGCUGGAGGGCAAGUGUCUGGUGGUGUGCGACUCCAACCCGGCCGCCGACUGGAGGGCGUCCAACUCGCCGCUCGGCAUCUCCGUGCGCGCCGCCAACUCCAAGGUGGCCUUCUCGGCCGUGCGGAGCAACAACCACGAACCCUCCGAGAUGAGCAACAAGACCAGGAUCAUCUACUUCGAUCAGGUUCUGGUAAACAUCGGAAACUUCUUCACGUUGGAGUCGGUGUUUUUGUCCCCGAGGAAGGGAGUGUACAGUUUUAACUUCCACGUCAUCAAAGUGUACCAGAGUCAAACCAUACAGGUGAACCUGAUGCUGAACGGGCGGCCGGUCAUCUCGGCCUUCGCGGGGGACAAGGACGUGACCCGCGAGGCGGCCACCAACGGGGUCCUGCUGUACCUGGAAAAGGAGGACAAAGUCUACCUGAAGCUGGAGAAGGGCAACCUGGUGGGCGGGUGGCAGUAUUCCACCUUCUCCGGCUUCCUCGUCUUUCCGCUGUAGGAGGAAAGACGAGGACAGGAAGGAGGAGGAGGGGACACCAGAGAUCAUCUCUGACAUGUCGGCGCUGUUCCGCCAAAACAACAUGGCUGCCACCGCUUCGCCAAAGCGGGACGCACAAAAGCCUUUUCUUUUGGAGGACGUCCGGCCAGCAUGUUGUCACGGCAACCGCCAUUCAGCUACGUUUCAUCAACGUGGACUAUCGGCGGACGUCACGGUUCUACGCUCCUUUCUGUACCGCCCCCCCCCCCCCCCCCUCCCCGGCCCCCCAACAAUAGAUCCAUACGGCCUGGCGUCCGGAUGGAAUGGCGUUGAGAAGACGCACUGAAAGACGCUGUGAUGUGUGGUAUUCUCCACUGGCCACUAGGUGUCACUAAGGUCACAUUAGCCACAGUCCUGGUGGGGGGGCGGGGGGGCACAGCCUUUCCUCCACGCUCAUUUGUUGUAAAUAUGCUAAGAAGUCAUACGCAUGUCAUCUCAGCUUGGUCACAAAAGGCCCAUUAUUAAUAAUACAAUUAUGAUUAUAUUAUAAUGAUGCACUUUGCUGUCCCUAUUUUUAGCAUCCUAAUAUUUCAACUUUCUUCGGAAAUCAUCUUUGGGACUUUUCUUCUCCGAAUACUUUGACUCUUAAAAAGUCAGGGUUAGCUAGAAUACAAAAAUGAAGAAAUCAUAAAAUUAUGACAAAGAAAUGAAGAAAGAAAGACAAACCAAAUAAAGUUAUGAUUUUUGAAAAAGAGCCGAGUUGGCAGGACAAGACCAGCCCUCGGGUCCUCGCAUGAUUUUAUAGAAAUAUGGAAAAAUAGGCUGCUAACCUUUUUCCGUUCUUCAGUAAUCAGCUGUAGAACAUAGGAAAGUUUCAAGAAAAUAUCGGUUCCUGACUAAAAAAAAAGGAGAAAAUAUGUAUUUGUAUAUGUAUGUACUUUGACACAAAUGUACUAUUCUAUACCAUAACAUCAUUUAAAAAUGUAACACCAAGAACUAUUUCCAUGCGUGUACAAGUGUGUACUAGCGUGUACAAGCGUGUACUAGCGUGUACUAGCCUUACAACUAGCCCCCUCCACGCGUCCACCCCCUCCCCGUCCAGCUCCUAUAAAUGCACUCCUGCCACCUGGUGGCCAUUUUUAUGGCUUAAAAUGACCCUGAAGCAAAUGCAUUAGCGGGGAGUUGCACCAUCACCUCUUUUAGCCGCACACAUAUAUGUAAAUAUUUGGUAUAUGGUAUUGAGUGAGUUAAUAAUACUAUGCUUUCUCACUGAUAUGACAAAGCUUAAAAGCAUGUUUGACUUGAAAUAUAUGAUAUAAAUAUACACGCUAAGAUCAUACAUGGAGGGAAUACGGCGCCGGCAGGAUGACAAUAUGGCCACCAUCGGCUGGAGGAGAGGAUGCUGUCCAUGCUUCCUUUCCUUGCAUCCUUGGGACAUUUGCCCUCGACACGCGACGGCGGCGUUCCAAAGGCCAAAGGUCAUCAAGCCACGAGACAAAGCUUGUCUAUUCAUGGAAGAGUUAUGUAUCGUUACGUAAGACCACGCCCGGUAUGAGGAGAGCUGCACUACUUGAUGGCCACCAGCGGAGGCGCUGUUAUGAUGUUAUGUUAUGUUAUGAUAUCUUGGCCCACGUGGGUUGGUUCUGGUUUGACUCCCGUGUUCCAGCUCGCCACGCAUCCGUAGACCAGUUCCAACGGGUCCGUCUGAAGACCAGUCGGAAGAAAACUCAACAAGUUUAGUCUUUAAAAUGACUGCUAGAUGCUUUUUAUUUAUUUUAGUUUACGUGUUAAAUUCUAAAUUUAGAAUGUACCACACUUCCCCCCCCGGGAAAAAGGAAUAUUUAACAUCACCAAAGUGCCGAAGGGUAAAAUAACCGAAACGGCAGCCACGUUUUCUUGGACUUCCUGUUUGGAUGGCAUGUGUAUCCUGUUUAGGAGCCGAACCAGUUAGACUUUAUCCUAGGAUGACGGACUCUGGGGGGGGGGGAUAGACGGAUAGACGUGAAAGGCCCUAAAGUACUGCAGUACUGAAGUACUCCUAAGUACUGCAGCUACUCAGCAUCUCGUUCCACACCUAAUUUGCAUGCUAUCUGGGGACUGCUAUGAUAUGCUGUGAUGAGCUGGGGUGGGAGGGAUGGAAUUUCUGGUAUGUUAAUAUUCCAAAGAAGCUGAUUCCAAGCAUCAUCAUUUCAUGUGUGAAUAUUCCUUGGUGUUCCCUGGAUGUGAUGUAAUAAUAAAUGCAAACGGAGUCUUGAAUGCUGAACGUAUCAUGGCUGUGUUUGUUUCCAUG